GGACGGUUAACGGGAGCGGACCGGAAGUGGUGGGGGAGCGGGCUGCUCCGUCGGCCUCCUCGUUGCUCUGGGGAACAAUGUGGCGGAGGAGCGUCCUCCUUCCCGGGAGCUUCUUUGCCGGCCUUCGCCCGGGGGCCCGGCUGCAGAGGGCCGUGCCUUGGGGCAGGUACGGCUGCGGAGGGUGGGAAGACUCGGCACUCCUUUCCCAAGGACACCCAGAUUUCUCCCUCAGGAUAUGUGCAGGGUCUCCUGACCCUCGCGGGGUGGGCAGCGCACAGAAAUUGGAGGAGGGAAGAAAGCCCUGCUUAGGGAAGCUUUUAAUAUUGUAUUUUCAUAUUUUGCUGGACGCCGCCCAGAGUGGCUGGGGAAACCCAGCCAGAUGGGCGGUGUAUUGUUGUUGGUUGUUGUUGUACAAGGGCAGCAUUUCCCAAACUCAGGUCUCCAUCUGCUUUGGACUACAGUUCCCAUCAUCCCUGGUACUGCCAGAUAGUGAUCGUGUGAGUUGUAGUCCAGCAACAGCUGGAGAUCCAAGUUUGGUAAACACUGUACAGUACUCCUUCAGGUAGUGAUAAAGCGGGAUAUCAAAUCCAAACUCCUCCUCUUCUACUACUAGUGGAGAAGGUCUUGCACUUCCUUCCACUCCUACAGUGGUACCUCGGGUUACAUACGCUUCAGGUUACAUACGCUUUAGGUUACAGACUCCGCUAACCCAGAAAUAGUGCUUCAGGUUAAGAACUUUGCUUCAGGAUGCGAACAGAAAUUGUGCUCCAGCGGCACGGCAGCAGCAGGAGGCCCCAUUAGCUAAAGUGGUGCUUCAGGUUAAGAACAGUUUCAGGUUAAGUACGGACCUCUGGAACGAAUUAGGUACUUAACCCGAGGUACCACUGUACAAGUAUUCAGAUACAUGUCUCCCCCAGCUUCAUACUUUUGAUGAGGGAAAUGCAACAAACAUGCCCACCACUGUAAAAUGUGUGCUGGCCUUCAGAGAAUUAAGUAAAGGCCCCCCUGACCAUUAGGUCCAGUCGUGGCUGACUCUGGGGUUGCGGCGCUCAUCUCACUUUAUUGGCUGAGGGAGCCAGCAUACAGCUUCCGGGUCAUGUGGCCAGCAUGACAAAGCCGCUUCUGGCGAACCAGAGCAACGCACGGAAACACCGUUUACCUUCCCGCCGGAGUGGUACCUAUUUAUCUACUUGCACUUUGAUGUGCUUUCGAACUGCUAGGUUGGCAGGAGCAGGGACCGAGCAACGGGAGCUCACCCCGUCGCGGGGAUUCGAACCGCCGACCUUCUGAUCAGCAAGUCCUAGGUUCUGUGGUUUAACCCACAGCGCCACCCAAUGAUGAUGAUGUUGUACAAGGGCAGCGUUUCCCAAAUUCGGGUCUCCAUCUGCUUUGGACUACAGUUCUCAUCAUCCCUGGUGCUGCCAGAUAGUGAUUGUGGGAGUUGUAGUCCAGCAACAGCUGGAGAUCCAAGUUUGGGAAAUGCUGUACAGUACUCCUUCGGGUAGUGAUAAAGCGGGAUAUGAAAUCCAAACCCUUCUUCUACUACUACUAGUGGAGAAGGUCUUGCACUGCCUUCCACUACUAACGUGUUGGGUUGGUUGAGUCUGCGCCUCAAGCACUGCAGUCUUGUUGUACGUGGUGCUACCAUGUCUUCAUUUGCCAUGGGAAUUAGGUUGUACAAUAGAAUUUCUGAGCUUUGUAAUGAUUUAUUUUGAAAUCUUCAAGAUAAAAUAUUUUAAUUUCCUGUUAAUUGUGUUGCUUUAUAUUUGAGUUUCUUCUGUAAUGUUUUAUUCCGUGUUGUUUUAUUCAAUAUUUUAAUUUAGGUUGUAAACCCCUUUCAGAUUAAAAAUAUAAAGUGGUAUAGAAAUGAGUAGUAAUAAUAAUAAUAAUAACCCCCACUUUCCAUAUCAUUUUAGUAAGACACACAAGUACCUAGGCACCAGCCCUGUUUUGUGUACCAAAGAAGAUGACCCUACUCCUCCAGUCAAUAUCAAAGAUACAGAGACUUCACCAAACCAGGAGAACAAACUGCAAGCAACCACAAAGAAGAACUUGCUAAAUAUCAUUAGUGAAAUGAAAGUAGAAAUCAGUACAAAGAAGAAGUUCCAGAUGUUGAAAGCCCAGAAGAUUAAGGAUCAAACAACGAACUUGCCAGAAAAUAUGGAGAGUACAAGUAGCAUGUUCCAGAAAGCUACAGAAGACAAAGCUAAGAGGUAACUCUCUGGAUGCAUGUCUCUCAUUCUCUUUGUUCAUAAGUAUCAUGGAUUUUGGAAAGUACAUUCAUUGGGAGGUGUAGCUAAGAAUGUUACCAACUCCCAGAGAAAAAUAUGGACUGCUUGAUAAAAGGGCAACAAUAGACAUGAGUUCUGUCCCUUUCAGACAGAAUGAACCACUUUUGUAAAAGGCUGAGAGGAGGGACCUCCAUUUAUGCCCCCUUUUUUGGUUUUUCUGUAGAAAGUUGCUGCUUUGUUGGUCCUAGAUAAUACAUUAUGAACUAUCCUCCUUUGUUGUUGUUGUUUAGUCAUUUAGUCAUGUCCGACUCUUCGUCUUCUUGAUGUCUUCUGCUUCUGUUAGGUCCUUACCACUUUUGUCCUUUAUUAUGGUAAUCUUUGUACGAAAUGUUCCUUUCAUAUCUCCAAUUUUCUUGAACAGAUCUCUGGUUCUUCCCAUUCUGUUGUUUUCCUCUAUUUCUUUGCAUUGCUCGUUUAAGAAGGCCUUCUUGUCUCUCCUUGCUAUUUUUUGGAAAUCUGCAUUCGAUUUCCUGUAUCUUUCACUUUCUCCCUCGCAUUUUCCUUGCCUCCUCUCCCCCGCUAUUUGUAAGGCCUCGUUGGACAGCCACUUUGCUUUCUUGGAUUUCCUUUUCAUUGGGAUGGUUUUCGUUGCUGCCUCCUGUAUUACGAGCCUCCAUCCAUAGUUCUUCAGGCACUCUGUCCAGCAAAUCUAAAUCCUUAAACCUGUUCCUCACUUCCACUGUGUAUUCAUAAGGGAUUUGAUUUAGAUUGUAUCUUACCGGCUUACUAUCCUCCUAGAUAUUGGCAAUGCUAGUGUGUGAAAAAGCUAAGAGAGUGGGCUUCUCCCACAUUAUCACAGCAGUGCAGAAAGGAGCUGUCCCGGUUAAGCUCUUCUGAUGUUGGAUUCUCAACAUUCAUCAACCCCAGCCACCAUAGCCAAUAGUCAGGGAUGUUAGGUGUUGCAGUCCAGCAAUAUCUGGAAGGUUGCAGGUUCCCUAACUCCUGGCCUAGGGGGAUCAUGUUGAUAUUUUAGCAGGUAGUUACAAACUUGAGUCCACCAAACAUGCUUUCUUCUACUUUAUUAGCCGUAUUAAAAUAGGCAGUAUUAGAAAACAUGUAGUAAUUACACAGUAGCUUGUCUAACGGUGUCGUAUUUUCAUAUGAAUACAAUGUGGGAAACAAUGAGCAAAGGAAAAAUACAACCUGUUGUUUUAAUCUGUUUCGGCCCAGUAUACCUGAAGGAGCGUCUCCACCCCCAUCGUUCUGCCCAGACACUGAGGUCCAGCUCUGAGGGCCUUCUGGCGGUUCCCUCACUGUGAGAUGUGAGGUUACAGGGAACCAGACAGAGGGCCUUCUCGGUGGAACGCCCUCCCAUCAGAUGUCAAGGAAAUAAACAACUACCUGACUUUUAGAAGACAUCUGAAGGCAGCCCUGUUUAGGGAAGUUUUUAAUAUUUGAUGUUUUAUUCUGUUUUUUAUCUGUUGGGAGCUUCCCAGAGUAGCUGGGGAAACCUAGCCGGAUGGGUGGGGUAUAAAUAAUAAAUAAUAAUUGUUGUUGUUGUUAUUCCAACAGUGAAACACUCAAUCCAGAGCUGGUGGCAGCUGCCUCUGCUGUUGCAUCGUCCCUCCCUUUUGACAGGAAAAGGACAGUUUCAGAAUUGGUUCAACUACUGAAAAAGCAGAAGGAAGUCACUGAUGCACGUAAAAGCGAAGAAGUAACUGACAUAAGGUUUGCAAACUACAUGCUGUUCCCAAUAGUAUAUUGUGAUAUUUGUCACACUGUUGGUCAAAAAACAAAGUGAAGGAGGUUGCUGAUCUUUGAUUUGCUUUGCUUUAAAAUGUGCACCCUGCUUUUGGAGAUGAAGGACUAUAAGUGGCUUUAUAUAUAGAAAUUAUGGUUUUAUUAUGAUGCUUUGAAUAGGUUAAGGUAAAGGACCGCUGGAUGGUUAAAUCCAGUCAAAUUUGACUAUGGAGUGUGGCAUUCAUCUCCGCUUUCAGGCCGAGGGAGUCGGUGUUUGUCCACUGACAGCUUUUCCGGGUCAUGUGGCCAGCAUGACUAAAUUGUUUCUGGCACAACGGGAUACCAUGAUGAGUGCCAGAGUGCACAGAAAUGCUGUUUACUUUCCCGCCGCAGCAGUUCCUAUUUAUUUACUUGCGCUGGUAUGCUUUCGAACUGCUAGGUUGGCAGGAGCUGGGACGAAACAACAGGAGCUCAUUCCGUCACGCAGAUUUGAACUGCUUACCUUACAAUCAGCAAGCCCAGGAGGCUCGGUGGUUUAGACUACAGCACCACCUAUGUCCCUAAUGCUUUGAGUACACAAUAAACAUCUUAUUUUUUGUUUUGCCUAUUCAAGAGAAGCAACAUUUAAACACAAAUUUAUGGGCUAGCUUUGUCAGUGUUUCAAAACCAUGGCUGCUUCCUGUCUUAAGUGUAACUGUCGCAAGCAUGAUGUUUGUGAACUGCCGUAUCACAAUCGUGAUUCAGAGCCAUUAGUUAUAAGCAACUACUACAAGAUCUCUUUCCUUCUGACUCCAGGUUUUCUCCAUACUCACGGCGACCACACUUGUGCUAUGAAAUUUCAUUCCAUUUAAAUUUUUCCAGUUUGAGAUAAUCCCUUUAAUAGUGCCUAAUCUCCAGAGCCUAGGGCUUGCUAAUCUAAAGGUCGGCGGUUUGAAUCCCCGUGACGGGAUGAGCUCCCGUUGCUCAGUCCCUGCUCCUGCCAACAGCAGUUCAAAGCACAAAGUGCAAGUAGAUAAAUAGGUACCACUCCUGCGGGAAGGUAAAUGGCGUUUCCGUGCGCUGCUCUGGUUCGCCAGAAGCGGCUUAGUCAUGCUGGCCACAUGACCCGGAACCUGUACGCCGGCUCCCUCGGCCAAUAAAGCGAGAUGAGCGCUGCAACCCCCGAGUCGUCUGCAACUGGGCUUAUGGUCUGGGGUCUCUUUACCUUUACCUUUAAUCUCCAGUCCAGAUACUAUAUAUUAGCAGUAAGAAUAACAGUGCCUUGUGGCACCUGAAAGGCUAGCAGAAUUUUUAAGCUAUUCCUUUGGAAGAUAUAAUAUUCCUUUGGAAGAUAUAAUAUAAUAAUAUGACAUCCCCAUAUUUUAUUAGAAUUCUCUUAUUUCCCUCUCCUAACUGUCUAAUAAGAAUGAUGCAUAAAAAAGGUUUUGUUACUGGGCACUACUGGUUGCUCUUAUCCAAGUUAAAUAUUUGCCUUUUAGCAAAAUCUUUUGGCACUUCUCCAUUAUAGUUCCCUAUCAAAUAAAACAGUGGCUGUGUUAAUAUCCACCAAUCCCAUUUUAAGUACCAAGUAGGCUAGGUCUAUUGCACAACCCUCUUUCAUAAGGGCUAGUUACCUUUUCAGAUAUAAAUAAGGGGAUCACUGCUGUACCUUCUUAAUUAUGGGCUCAUUCAGAACUUCCUUUUGUGCCACACUUCGCAGGCACAGUUCCACACUUAAAAGCCCUGUGUCUGAGCCAUAGCUGUCAACUUACAGAUUUGAAAAUAAGGGAUCAGCAGCCAAAAUAAGGGAUUUUCCAAGCACAGGUAUGUUCAACUUCUGAGCCCACCCAAGCCAAAGGCAGAAAGCCGAGCCAGCAGCCAAACGAAGCCUCAAGCGGUGGUUCCCACAGCGCAGCAACCCGGCAAAGGGGAUGCAGCAAGGAAAACCACCGUCACCUCUUGACUGGGAAGCGAUGAGCCAAGGCGAGUCCUCAGGCAACACGGCCGAUUUGAUCGGCACAAGGCAUGCAAGCUCCAUCCCCCAGUCAUUCUUAUAGACUCCUUAUUGAGUGAGCAACGCAGCCAAGCAACACAGUUGGAGCCUCCCUCCUCCCUGGCCGGCAGGCAGGGAGGGAGAGGAGCUGCUUCCUUUGAAACCCGGGAAAUUUAAGGGACAUCAUCAAUAAGGGACAGCAGCGGGACACGGCACUGGGAUAAGGGACUUUCCUGCCAAAUAAGGGACGGUUGACAGCUAUGGUCUGAGCGGUUUGGUUUGGUUUUUGUCCUUGGCCUGCACUUUCCUUAGGAAAACCCAUGUUUUACUGCUGAAUCAGGGCAAAUGGCAAUAGGUUUUGCCAUUUGCUCUGUUUCAGUGGUAAAAUGCAGGUUUACCCAGGGAAAGUGCUGGGACAAAAAGCAAACGAAAAACACCAUUUGGAAAGGGAGCUUUCUGCCAGUAAAUCAUAGCUAAGCUGUUCUCCAUUUGUAGUAGCAUGUAUUACCAGUGGGUGUCACUGCUUUACAGAGUCUUCAUCCAUCAGUUUGUUUUGCAGAAGAGGAAGCACUGAAUGUUUGCUAAAUGGAAAUAACAACAGUGCAGAAUUUUGAGGAGGAAUGAGGUUUCUCUCAGUGAGUGGAAAUUAUGGCAUCAUUUUACAAAAACAUCAAAGGGUUGAGCUUCAUUACAAACAAAAUCUAGAAUUUAGGAGACAUCCUGAAUGUCCCAGCCUUCACAUUAAAGGUGAUAGUUAUUAUUCCAAGAAAUUUAUGAUCUUUACGAUCCAGUUUGACAAGAUUUAAUGAUCUGAUGAAUCCCACCCCCACCCCCACCCCCGCAAGCAAGAAAUCUGGGCCUUGUCUGUGUAACAUGUAUCUUGUUGACUUCCAGCUCAGAGGUUUAGUCUGUCCACAGAAAGUGAGGCAUGUUGCAAGGCAGUAACAUUUUGCUUGGAGGAAAGAAGAGCUUCUUUCAAAGGAGUUUGCUCUUCUUGUUACUAUGACUGCCAAGAAAGAUGCACGGAUAGCCACAUGAUGAAGGAAGCAAACUGUACCAUCCUUGCCAGGUCAACUUAACUGUGAUUUUUUUUCUGAUUUGGUCAUCACACUGACCACAAGUGAUGACAACAACAAGAGCAGAGUCUAGCACUCUUGUUUUUUUCCACAGUCAGAAUCUAAUGAAAUGAUUGAAUUUCAUUUCAUUGUUGAGUAAGGAAAGCAUUCAAACACCAGGCUGUGCUAUCCUGGCUUUUGCUGCCAUAUAGAUAUUCAGAUCUGAUACUUCUGGAGAAGUAUUCUUUCUAAAUAUUUUCCAAGAACAUUUUUGUCAAAUAUAUUCAAAUCAGAGUCUUUUUGUGUGUAUAUGUUCAGAAUGAGGGUGGUUUGCAAUCUGCUUACUGUCAGAGAUAAAAUAAUUAUCAUUCUCUUUGCCCAAGUAUUUAUUUAAAUCCUGUAUACUUGUCAUAUCCUGGCCGAUGUUCUAGACAGCUCUUGAUCAUCAUAAACCACCCUGGAUCAUUGUGAUCUUGACACUCUUGCUACAGUCUCACUUGGAGUUGUCUGAACUGUGUGUUAAGAGGCAAUUGCUCCUUGUCUGUUGAAGGUUUGGCCCUUACAUUAGUAGGCCUCAUUGCCCUUCUCCCUCCCACACUCCCUAAGGAGGAGAAGGGAGGGUCUCCCCUUUACCUCAAAAUACCCACUGAAGAGAUGCAGUGUGUGGUUUAGCAAUCACACGCCAAAGGAAACCCUGCCUCCAAACCCACUUCUCUCUACCUUGUGACCACCUUGGCCUACAAAUGGUGGCUACUGAGGAGGCAUUUUUCAGUCCCUGUCUGCUUACUUUUGUCAGCCAUCACAAUUAAAUCUCCCUUUCAUUCUUGAUCCUGCCUUGCAUUUGUGUGCUACUGUCUGCUACCAGCGAAGACAUGUGUUCUGAGGGAGCAGUAGGAUGUUUUACACAGACACCCAUAUUUUUGUGCAAGAAUUAAGGAAGUGCAGAGCCUCCUAUUCCGCCCCCCCCCCUUGAUCACUCCUCUAGCACAUCUAUACACAGAAACCCAUUUUACCAUUGUGAGAUGAGAAAGUAAAUGGCUUGAACAGGAGCAACAGAAUAUUGCACUGAAACUCACAGAUCGUGCCGCAGAGCUUAUUAUAUUAUUAUUAUUAUUAUUAUUAUUAUUAUUAUUAUUUAUUAUUUAUACCCUGCCCAUCUGGCUGGGUUUCCCCAGCCACUCUGGGCGGCUUCCAACAAAACACUAAAAUACAGUAACCUAUUAAACAUUAAAAGCUUCCCUAAACAGGGCUGCCUUUAGAUGUCUUCUAAAAGUUUGGUAGUUAUUUUUCUCUAUGACAUCUAGUGGGAGGGCGUUCUACAGGGCGGGUGCCACUACCGAGAAGGCCCUCUGCCUGGUUCCCUGUAACUUGGCUUCUCGCAGCGAGGGAACCGCCAGAAGGCCCUCGGCGCUGGACCUCAGUGUCCGGGCAGAACGAUGGAGGUGGAGAUGCUGCUUCAGGUAUACUGGACCUAGGCCUUUUAGGGCUUUAAAGGUCAGCACCAACACUUUGAAUUGUGCUCAGAAAUGUACUGGGAGCCAGUGUUUUAGCAAGGUUUUGAUAUGGUGGUGAUAGUGGCAAAUGUGGUUCACUUCUCUGCUGCCAUUGCAGUCAGCAUGCUGUUGUUGACUGGAAACAAUUGGGUGAUGAGGGGCCUGUGAACUACCUGAACUGCAUCACCUGGAGGGGAAGUAAUUUACAGGUCUUACCAGCCAGCCAGGUGGAGCCUAAGCCUGAGGCACUGCCUGCUUGUCACUCCUGCAGUUUUACUUUUAUGACCCUUGAGAAUGUGUUGACUAGUGCUUAGGACUAGUUAUGCCAUCACAUAUAGCCUAGAUCCCUUUCUCUACAUGAGAAUUGGCUGUUUCAAAGUGUUCUGUGUGCUGCUUCCUUCACGAGUAGGAAGUUUUGCUUGAUGUAAAGCUCUUAAUUCUUCUCAGAAGUUGGGAAGGAUGUGUAUAGUCAAACUGCGUUGAUGUAGCUGAACUGGUGAGAGAGUCAGUUUUAUUGUAUGUAGCCAAAGGCCUUUACAGUAGAUGACAGUGAAUAAAAGGAAACUUUCAUCUAAAAUCUUGCAUAGCUGCACUGAUUAUCUGCUGGCAUCCAUGCUCAAUUCAGUGUACAAGAUUAAAUUAGCAAGUUCUGCUAGCCAGGGCUUUUGCUAGUGCAAUAAGGCUUUCCCCCUCUCCUCCCCCCUCCCUAUGCCACUCCUUGGUUCUGGGGUUUGGGGAGAAUCUCCAGAACAAGACACAGUUGGAGGAAAGGGGGUGUUGUUCUGUCUGGCAAGCUUAAAUGUUUGUGUUUGUCAUAGCCCUGUGCUGAAUUCUUCCUAAUACGCUCUUACUGACCUACAAUGCCCUUCAAAGUCUGCAAUCUGCAUAUCUAGGAAACGAAUUCUUCCCAGGAAUGCUCUCUUCCUUCUCCACCUUUUCAGAUCUGUUGUUAGAAAACAAAACAUCGGGGUGGGGGGGAAGAGCAAGGCUUUCUCUAUAGCAGUCCAAACGUUUUAGAAGUCAUGCCCUUGUAACAGCUAUAUGUCUCAGUUGACAUGUGGAGGAAAUCCAUGUUCUAGUUCUAGCAAGAUUUUUAGGGAGUGGAGCACCCCGUGACAUUGCUGCUUUGGGUGAUUGGUUCAGGGGUGUGGAUGGUAACCUUAAGCAUUUUACUGCAGGCUAAUUAUAUUGUAGGGAUGCGGGUGGCGCUGUGGGUUAAACCACAGAGCCUAGGACUUGCCGAUCAGAAGGUCGGCGGUUCGAAUCCCCGCGACGGGGUGAGCUCCCGUUGCUUGGUCCCUGCUCCUGCCAACCUAGCAGUUCGAAAGCACGUCAAAGUGCAAGUAGAUAAAUAGGUACCGCUCCGGCGGGAAGAUAAAUGGCGUUUCCGUGCGCUGCUCUGGUUCACCAGAAGCGGCUUAGUCAUGCUGGCCACAUGACCCGGAAGCUGUACGCCGGCUCCCUCGGCCAAUAAAGCGAGAUGAGCGCCGCAACCCCAGUCGGCCACGACUGGACUUAUUGGUCAGGGGUCCCUUUACCUUUACCUAAUUAUAUUGUAAACUGAGAAUUAUUUUGUUAAACUGGGAAACAGGUGGGAGAUACGGGGUGUGUGUGGGUUUUUUAACGUAACCGAAUAUCACAGGAAGGUAGAUAAUGUGAAAAGAGUAUUGCUGGGCUGUACUGAGCAUGUUUCUUAACAAACACUGAUCUUAAUUUCAGCAACAUCGUUGCAAACAUGAAGAUUGGGAGGAAUCCACUGACAAGGGAUGCUGCUAGCCCAACCAAUCAAAUUCGGUUUGAUGAUGAUGGACGAGGUUUUAUGCAUGAAAGAACACUUGCUGGUAGAAUGAGAAGGUACUUUUUCUAGUGUUCCUUGGCAUAUUCUACUUCCUGAUAGAAAGCAUCUUUGUUACACUCAAAAGGGGUUAUACGGUGAUGGUCAAAUGCCAGUUGGCACAUUCAGUGAAAGAUGGCUGAAUAGGAGGGACUGCGCUGUGUUUGAGAUCAGAUGACACCCAGAGCAUUUAGUCUGAAAGACCUAUCCUACAACCCCCCUUGGGUGUUAAGAUCAGCAGAGAGGGGCCUUCUUGGGAGUUCCAAUGCCCUAAGAAGUUUAUUUAUUUAUUUUCAUUUAUUUUUAUUAAUUUUCCAAAAAAAUUAAACAAACAAACAUACAUACAUCCUGUUUGAAUCUUGGUAACAUUAUUAAGUGACUUCCUCAAAUCCCCUUGGUUGAAUUUCAUUAUAUAUCCAUUUAACAGUUUUCCAAAAUCAAUUUUCUCAAAAAAUUAACUCGAUCACUUAACAUCUUUCAUUCUUUCUAAUUUAGCUUUAAACAUCUUAAAUCCUAUCUUUACAUAUUUUAAUCGAAAGCCUAUCUAAUAUUUGCAAGCUUUUCCAGUUCAGUUAUUUUAACAUAUUUAACUAAAUAGUCUUUAAAUUUUGUCCGUUCUUCCUGGUACUCCUCCUCCUCCUGGUCACGGACUCUUCCAGUCAGGUUGGCUAGCUCCGAAAAGUCCAUCAUCUUCAUCUGUUGGUACUUGUGUUUUCCAAUUCUUCGCUAACAAAAUUCUUGCUGCGGUUGUGUCCUAAGCCAAUGUGGUGUAGUGGUUAAGAGCGGUAGAUUCAUAAUCUGGUGAACCGGGUUCGCGUCUCUGCUCCUCCACAUGCAGCUGCUGGGUGACCUUGGGCUAGUCACACUUCUCUGAAGUCUCUCAGCCCCCCUCACCUCACAGAGUGUUUGUUGUGGGGGAGGAAGGGAAAGGAGAAUGUUAGCCGCUUUGAGACUCCUUCGGGUAGUGAUAAAGCCGGAUAUCAAAUCCAAACUCUUCUUCUUCUUCUUCGAAGUUUUUUUUUUUUAAAUAAUUUUUAUUAAGUUUCCAUUUACCAAAUUAAACAUAUCAAACCAAUUAAUCCAAAUUAUAACAAUACACAUCAUAUAAUCCAAUUAUUUCCCAAUUGUAGGUUUUUUGUGGGGGGUACCCAUGCUUCUUGAUCGGCAGGAGUCCAAUCCUCGAAUAUUUCUGCUGCUUUCAUAUUUAGAAUGAUAUUUUCAGUCCCUCUUCACGAUCCUUGUCGUUACUCAUUUUCCUUUCCAUUCGCCUCCAAAUUAUCUCCGCAAGUGGGUUAAAAAAACAAUUAUUUAUAUUUCUGUGUGGAUUCUAUAUUGCUCUCUCGUGAAUCACUCUCAUCCAAUAGUCCAGGUGUUUCCACUCGAGCGGGCAAUCGUCAUCUUGUCAUUCUGAUGAAAUACAGUCUAAAAGCCCACUCAUUAACUUUCCAGACCUAUUGCAUCGUAAAUUAGUCUUUUCCAGGAGGGCUGCCCCUUCCAGUUCACAGUCCCAUCCAGAUAACAAAUCUUCGGCUCGCCCUCCCUAAGACCAAACUCCCUGCAACAGAUGUCUGUCCUUCUGUAUCAAAUCUCAAUUCUUGUUGCGUCACAAAGAGAGCCUUUGUUUUUCCAAGUCCUUCACAGAAUAAAACCUUUGAAUUCAUAUUAUUUUCCCCCACACAGCUCAUUUUUAACCCCAUUUGCCAAUUAGUUAUUGUGACGGAUCUUUUAAGGGGGGGGUUAUUAGGUAAUCACAUGAAACAAAAAAUAAAAAGUAGUUUUCCCCCCCCUUUCCGUUCCGUUGCCUUCCACAUACCAGCAUGUCUGUAGUACUUUUUUUUUGUAGUACUUUGAUGUAAUCUUCCGUCUCAAUCUUCCUUUCAGUGGCAAAAUUAUUAGCAGAUAAAACCUCCUGCCUCUCUCGAAGCAUGGGCGUUAGCUUUCUCCAAUUUUUUCCUUUUAAGUAACGCAACUAGUUUCGCUCCUGGAAGCAGCUUCGGAGGAGUGCCGAGACCCGCCGAGGGUUAUGCACCCAGUGCCUCGCACCCCCUCCUUCUUCCGAACUCGGGGGUGAUUUAUGGCAACCGUGGGUGAAAACUCCGUCUUUCCAUUCCCUGGAGAGACGAAACGGACUGAUUUACUCCCCGUAAUCAGCCUCAAAUUACCUCGUGCGGGCUGGAUAGAUGGUAUUAUCCGCCAUCUUCCAAGGCGCCCCUAGCGGCCCCCCCUCUUCUAAGAAGUUUAGGUGUUGUUGACCAGGAGAAGGCAUUCUCUGUGGCAGCUCCUCUGUUGUCGAAUUCCCUCCCUACAGAGGUACACCUGCCACCUUCAUUAUAUACCUUCUACCAUAUGAUGAAUACUUGGCCUUUGACAUAUGGGACAUGUGUUUUGGGGACCCACCCUAUUCCUGUGACUAGUUUGCUUUAAAUUUAUUUCAUGCUGAAUUUUGGAUUGUUGUGAGUUACCCCGGGUCCUGGGCAGGUAAUAAACAUUUUGUUGUUUAGUCGUUUAGUCAUGUCCGACUCUUCGUGACCCCCUGGACCAGAGCACGCCAGGCACUCCUGUCUUCCACUGCCUCCCACAGUUUGGUCAGACUCAUGUUUGUAGCUUCGAGAACACUGUCCAACCAUCUGUCUAAUAAAUAUAAUAAAUAAUAACAAAUUCCUAUGUAGCUCUGGGCUCACUACCUCUGAGAGGUGGAGCAGUGUUUUGGCCUAAAUACAAUUUUAUAAACAACUUUUGAAAUCUUAGUAGUCUUGGUAAAUUACUUGCAUUUGUUUGGAGAGUACAGAACAAUGCAGACCAUUGAAUCCUGCCCUCAACCACUGGGAAUCUUCUUAUUCAACAAGCCCUCUGGUUUUUUGAAGUUUCAUCAUUCAUUGCCUGUGCACUUGCAAGUGUAUCUUUGUAGUCAUAAGGUCUAGGAGAUUGUUUUAUUCAUUAAGAACAGGAACACAAAGUAGUAUAAACAGGCUGUUCAGUAAGUGCAUAUUCUGGCAUCACAUUUAGAAACUCACCUGGGUUUGUGCAACACAGAUUAACAGUGCUAUCCCCAGUGGAACCUGAGGCAGAACACUAUGACACUAUUAUUGCUAUUUUAAUAGAUUUCCCCCCUAUUUUUUUUACCUAGAAAAGGACUGUUUUCAGGGAAAAGACUUGAUAUUUUUGCUCCUACUUCUGAAACAGAAGAAGCACUUGAAACAGGUGAGUUGAAAAACGGUAGGAACAAAAAAGCAAACAAGAUAAUUUAAUAUAACAAAACUCAACCUGUGGCAAUACAGUGUUGCCCUAGGGAAGUGACUUGUGUGCUAUGUCUCCAUAGCUUAGAAAAGACGAAUUUCUUAAUGGAAUCUGGUUCUCAAAGCUGCCUCACUGUAAAACAAAUAAUUUUGAUGCUGGAGAAAAUUAAUCAUAGAAUCAUAGAAUCAUAGAGUUGGAAGAGACCACAAGGGCCAUCGAGUCCAACCCCCUGCCAAGCAGGAAACACCAUCAGAGCACUCCUGACAUAUGGUUGUCAAGCCUCUGCUUAAAGACCUCCAAAGAAGGAGACUCCACCACACUCCUUGGCAGCAAAUUCCACUGUCGAACAGCUCUUACUGUCAGGAAGUUCUUCCUAAUGUUUAGGUGGAAUCUUCUUUCUUGUAGUUUGGAUCCAUUGCUCCGUGUCCGCUUCUCUGGAGCAGCAGAAAACAACCUUUCUCCCUCCUCUAUGUGACAUCCUUUUAUAUAUUGGAACAUGGCUAUCAUAUCACCCCUUAACCUCCUCUUCUCCAGGCUAAACAUGCCCAGCUCCCUUAGCCGUUCCUCAUAAGGCAUCGUUUCCAGGCCUUUGACCAUUUUGGUUGCCCUCCUCUGGACACGUUCCAGUUUGUCAGUGUCCUUCUUGAACUGUGGUGCCCAGAACUGGACACAGUACUCCAGGUGAGGUCUGACCAGAGCAGAAUACAGUGGCACUAUUAACUUCCCUUGAUCUAGAUGCUAUACUCCUAUUGAUGAUUAAUAAUUGUGUGUGAAUCUUUGUGUGCAGCUCAACAUUUGUGGCGAUUUCAUUGGUAUGUUUUGGGCGGCCAGCUUAAAGCUGCGCAUCCAUGCGGUACAAAAAGCUGGGUUUGCAGUCAACACUGCACAUUCCUGGCUGCAAAGGAAGAAUUGGAAGCACCUUUAGAGCAUGCGUGCAACGCUUUCCUUUGAAGUUGGGUCACCUGACAUAAUGAUUGACAGGUGAUUGUUGGGUGGGUGGUCUCACCCUCAUCAAACCCUGGUCCACAGGACCUGCGGGAGCUCAGAAUCUGGGCCACUAGCUAGCUGUUGUUCACCGUCCUGGCUGUACAUCAUAGAAAUAGAGCUCAUUGAACUUAAUGGACUUUUUACUAUUUAUUAGAUUGUGCCAAAGAAAGCUGCCAAUUUUCUUAUAUUAGUUGCACACAGUUAACACAACGUGUAUAAAAUUUGUCUAGAAGUGCUAAAUACUAGUUUUUCCUCCAAUCUGAAUUGGGGAGAAAUAUAUGAUUUAUUAAGAAUCCAAAUAUUUGAUCCUAAGUUGUUGUAAAGGUUUGUUUCUGGGGUUAGAUGGGAUUUUUUUUGGGGGGGGGGUUCUUGAGGGCCUCUCAUCAACCUCCCUCAAGCUCUUUCACACUUUUGAAUACAUUCAGUUGCUUACAUGUGGAAUUCACAAUCCACAAAAUCUGUACUACUAGAACCGCCCAAUUGUAUCCCAACUUUCUUAGAAGAGAGAAGGAUGAAUUUCCUGAUGCAUUAUUUUGUUUCCAGGUAAUUAAGUCCUUUGACGUUGAUGUUGAACUAGAUACCGUGGACCUAAUUCAGAGAAAAUGGGGACCUUUCAUUGGGACUGAAGCAUAUGACAACUUUUUCUAUAUUGUGCUCCUGUUCCAUAUAAUAGUAACAAUGAUAUCAAGCAAACACCCAUUCCCUUUCAUGCCAAAUUCUGAAAAUAUUGUGAUUUCUGUUAAUCCAACAGUCUUGAGGCUAGUAAAGUACAGGCAACUCUGUGUGGAAAAUGAGGAGAAAAAGCCAUGUGCUGAUAUUUUAAUAUGGCCUGAGAAUAAGUUUGUUUUCAUAAUUCUGGCACUGAAUGGGCUUAUAUUGCAGCAGCACAAAGAAGCAGCUAUUACAGACUUUUGAAACUACAGCUCUUCCAGGUUUUGUUAAAGUUAGCAAUCCUGAUUGUUUUUUUGUCAUCUCCAGCCACCAGCAAUUGCAUGGCAAAUGUUGGCUUGUUGGCUUAUUUGUUUCCUUUUAUAAACAGUGACACCACCAACACUUUGGGAUCUGGAGCUUGCUAAAGAAAUUGAAGCUGUCUGUCAGCAAGGACCUCAGAAUGGCUUUGAGGAGAUGAUACAGUGGACUAAGGAGGGGAAACUAUGGGAAUUUCCCAUCAACAACGAAGCUGGUAUGUGCCUUGAAAAGUUCUUGGCUUGUCCAGUUUUGCUUUCUUUGCCAUUUCCCUGAUUUGGUACCCUUCAGAAAUUUUGGACUAUAACUCUUCAUCAACUUUAGCCAGCACAGGGCUUGGUGGGAGUUGUAGUUCGAAAUAUGCGGAGGGCACCAGGAUGGGGAAGGCUGUACUAUACUACUUUAUCAAUGAUGUGAGGAAUUGCUCUUGGAAGUUUCAUACUAGGUUUUGUUUUGUUUUUAUAAUCUUUAUGGGAAAAUAUGAAGUAUAAAAUUAUGAGCGUACAAGGCCAAAUAAGUCAUGAAAAGAAUAGAAUAAAAAAAAACACCCGUGUAAAAAAACAAAACAAAAACAGUAUAAAUAUUACAUGAUGGUUAUUGUAGCUAACCUAAACUUAACCUAAUGCAGUGUUUAUAGAAGUGAAUUCCAAAUAUCAUAAAAUUUGUCCAUGGCAAGUCUACGUUUGUAUGCAUCUGGUUCAAGAGUUGCAACUUUGUACAUAUCUUCUAUCCAUUCAUUGAAGGGAGCUGAAAACACAGUACUUCCAAAUGAACACAAUUCACACAUCAAGGGAUGGCCUAUCACUGGGGGGGCCAACUCCCAAGAGGCUGCGAUCUACUCACAAAGUUAAAAACUGGCAGUGAAAAAGGCAAAGUUGUUGAGCUUUUUUUAGGAAGGAAAGCACUUUUUGGGAGGAGUUCAGGUCAAAGUGUUUUUAGGGAGGAGGAAAGCCCUGUUUUUUAGGACUGCAAGGAAAAAAGCUUAUUUUUGGGGAACCAAAGUUGUUGAGCUGCUUUGGGGGGAGCCAGUGAUCUACCAUAGAUGUCCAGUGAUCUACCGGUAGAUCACAAUCUACCCGUUGGAUGUGCCUGGCCUAUCAAAUAAUAAAUACACUUUGCAGUUCAGUCACAAGCGGGGCCAUAAUCUUAUUAUAGUUGGUAGAAGCAUAGUAAAUUUAAAUUACCAGGAGCAAUGCAGCAGAGCAGUGGUUCGCCUCAAAAUACUUUAAAAGCCUUUCUUCCCCCUAACCAGUCAGUUGUUACACUGAAUUUUAAAGCUGUUUUGCAUUUUAAAAGACUUAAAACAUCAAGAUGGCUUUUUAAAGUUCAGGAAUAUCAAUUAAUAUGGAUAACUUAAGCUUUUAAGCCAUUUAGUGAUGCAUUUCCUAAUUCUGGUGUUUUGCUAAAUUGAUUUAACGAAACAAAAUUCAUAGGCAUUUCAUGACUUGGUCAGGGGAUCUUUAAUUCUUGGUGAAGCAAAUUAGUUCUGUGACUGGAAUAAAUUACAUGACUCAAUAAAAUGGAUUCGAGUAGCUCCACUGAAAUCAAUGGAAUUCAUGGUAGUCAUGACUCAGUCCCAUAGAUCAGUGAGUUUACUGUAAGUAUGGCUAAGUUUGGAUCCCACUUUAUACAUAUUUUGCAAUUUCAACAUUUUCUGGGGCAAAAUAAUGGUGGCAAGGAAGGGGAUGGUAUAUAUGGAAGAUAAAUCCCACUAAACCUUUUCUGUGUUCAUUCUCUGGCUAACAGCUUAACUGUUAAUUUUGCCGUGAUCUGACAGUUAUUGUGGUUGACUUUGUUAGGACUUGAAGAUGAUGCGGAAUUUUAUGAGCAUAUAUUUCUGGAUAAAUACUUGGAAGACUUCCCCAAGGAGGAAUCAAUUCGCCAUUUCAUGGAACUUGUAACCUGUGGACUUUCCAAAAACCCAUACUUAAGCGUUCAAGAAAAGGUAGAACAUAUAGCAUGGUUCCGGAAUUACUUCAAGGAAAAGGAAGAGUUGCUGAAGGAAAUUGAAGCACAUCGGAAGGAAGUCUUGCUUCAAAUGGAGAAUCAAUCGAAGUGAAAACUUCUGAAAGAAAAUGAUGCGUUUAUGUAAAUACAUAUUGGACACUUACAGAAGCUAAUGUGGAAAAGAGAUGAACUGAUAAAAAAUAUUAUUAAAACCGCUGGUCAUGGCUGUUAUUUUAGGAGAAGAUGGUGGUCAGCAUUUCAUCAAUACCAAAAUUGGGCAACCACUUCGUAAUUCUUUUUGCAGAUUGUUCUCCAUAAUCUUUGAUGCAGUUGACAUGGAAGUGGAUCACAGAAAAGGUCCAGCUUGUAUUCAGAUCAUAAACCUGACUGAUAAAACUUCUUCCAGUGAGAUAUGAAUGGUAUGUGUAUCUUGAAGGCCAUAAACAACUCCUUUCCUUUAAACUCUAGUAAAACCACUUAGAUUUAACUUUAGCUUGAAUACCCUCAUCCAAAUUAACCAUCCUUGCCAAAAACUGGUUCUGAUCAAAAUUUGCUGCUCCAGGGUCUGAUGAAUAUAAGAAACAGAGCUGUGUGAUCUCACUCAUACGUAUAUCUAUAUAAAAUAACUAGGGGCUGCCAGCCCCCCAUACCAACUCACUUCCUCCCUUUACACCUCACAAAAAUGUCCCAUCCCAUCACAACUCCCAAGUCCCUAUAUGCCUUCACAGUUCCUCUGUAUCCCUUCAUCCCUGUUGUUUAAAACACAGUUGUUCAAAUAGCCCAGUUUAAAACCUCUUUUGCUCCCUUCCCACAACCUGACUUCAUGCAAUUCCAGGACUGAGAUGUGGCCCUGCAAAUCCUCCAGUGGGGCUGUGUGAUGAUAGCCUUACAUUUUUAUGUAUAUAGGAAGAUAAUGAGAUAGAAUUGAAUCGUGAAGGAUUUGAACGCAACUUCUGCCCCUAUUCUUUCUUUUAAAAAACAACAACAUCCAGAUAGCGUCUGAAUUAACUCAGCACCGCUUCCUUUAAUUCGACCACAUCUUGCUGCUGCUUGAUGAAUCAGUUUCUGAAGGUUCCCCUUUCAUUGGGGAAUAGAAAAGGGUUGAAUCAUCUCCCACAAGAUGUCAGCAUUUAUCUAUUUUCCUAGGCUUGAUGUAGGCUUCCUCUGCUCAGACUUUAACGAAGAGUAACCUAGCGAUAAUCAAACAACCUGCAAGAGAAGUUGUUAUUACAAAAUGAGUCAGGGGAAAAAACUGACAAAAAAACCAGUCUCUGACAUGCUCCUUGGUAGCUGCUUUUAACUCAUAAAUUCUGAAUACAGCAUUUUCUUCAACACAAGAUGAAAUACAUUGGGAGUGUAUCCAUGCAGCCCAGAAAGCCUCCUAGUGCAAUAAAACUUGGGAAGGGCUAGUAUGGAAACUUUAAAAGGAGUGGGGGAUAGGCUCCUUCAGGAAUAAUAUAAUAAUAAUUUAUUAUUUAUACCUUGCCCAUCUGGCUGAGUUUCCCCAGCCACUCUGGGCAGCUUCCAACCAAGUGUUAAAAACAAUCCAGCAUUAAAUAUUAAAAACUUUCCUAAACAGGGCUGCCUUCAGAUGUCUUUUAAAAAGAAGAUAGCUGCUUAUUUCCUUCACAUCUGAAGGCAGGGCAUUCCACAGGGCGGGCGCCACUACCGAGAAGGCCCUCUGUCUGGUUCCCUGUAACCUCACUUCUCGCAAUGAGGGAACCGCCAGAAGGCCCCUGGCGCUGGAUCUCAGUGUCCGGGCUGAACGAUGGGGGUGGAGACGCUCCUUCAGGUAUACUGGGCCUUUGAGGCCGUUUAGGGCUUUAAAGGUCAGCACCAACACUUUGAAUUGUGCUCGGAAACGUACUGGAAGAAGUGUACGAUAUAAAUUAAUUAAAUAAAUGCAAAUAGAAAGCCUUC